GCAUCACCUACUGUAAGUUAGGAACAAAGAAAGUUACGGCCGGGAGCGUUCAAGAAAUAUAAAUGCCUGCUUUCUCGGGGUCUAACACUAGCGCCGUACUUGGUUGUAGACUUGUAGAUUCCAGGAACGCUCAUCUGAAGAUUACAAACCUAGACUGAUUCAUCAUCUCGAUAAGAUCGUCCGUGCGAUAAUAAACUAGAAUAGUCCGAAGUUAAUAUGAAUAUAUUGUUCCGACGUAUGCAUCCUGUCCGUAAUCUAUAUAUCAUUAAAUUUACAUAUGGCUAACCCCUGAGGCUCUAUCGCAACGCGAACCGACUUCACGUGGCGGAGAAUACCAUAUGCAGCGCUGACCAUAUGGGUUAGGUAUUCGGUCGUGCGCGUAUCUGACGAUACACAUGUUCGAUAUCUAAUCUACGCAGGUAAACCUUGCUACGUUGCAUGUGCAGAUCCUUUAUAACGUUAAUUCCAUACCACAUUCCUCCGGACCCCUGAUUUCCCCUCAUUUCAGAUUUCCGCAGCCGACCUAUGAGGCGAGGCAUUCUACCGGACCAGCCUGCAAUUCUUGGCCCUGUCCCAGAUAACGAGGUCUAGGUAGUCGGCAAUCUGGGUGGUCGCAUGGGUGGUAGGGGAACGAACGAUAAGGGGAAAAGCAGAUGCAUACAUAGAGGUAGGUAGGUAGAUAAAAUGGACAGGCGAUCCCACCACUACGGUACUUUCGCAAAUACCGCCGCAGAGAGUUCCAGCCCUAUGGAUGUUCCCCGUGUAACAAGCAUCGAUAAGACGACUACGAUGGUCGCGCAAAGCGACGAGCCGUUAAAGUCGGGCGACGCCGAUGUCGCGUUGGCUGAGGCCGUGCAACGCGAGCAUGGCCUGUCGUUCUGGGAAGCAGCGAAACUAUACCCGACCGCUGUCGGCUGGUCGGCGUACGUCUCGAUAGGUGUAAUUAUGUUAGCUUUUGAUCCUCAGAUCGUUGGGAAUAUGUUCGCCAUGCCCCAAUUCCAAAAGGACUUUGGGUUUGAGCUUGACGGUGAAUAUGUCAUUCCGGCGGCGUGGCAAACUGGUCUAUCGUUGGGAAAUCCCCUCGGACAAGUCGUUGGCGCAUUGUUCUCGGCCUAUCCCUUGGAGUUGUUCGGCCGCAAGUGGACGUUUUUCGGUUGCAUCCUCCUGACGGCAUGUCUCGUCUUCAUCCAAUUCUUCGCGCGCUCCCUGCAGGCCCUACUUGUAGGAGAACUGCUGGGCGGGCUCGUCCUGGGAUGUUUCGUCGUUAUUGGUCCAACUUACGCCUCUGAGGUCUGUCCCAUGGCACUCCGUGGAUUCCUGACCAGUUACACCAAUCUCUGCUUCGUUACGGGGCAACUUCUCGGAAAUGGGAUUACAGCUGGAACGGCCUCGAUCGAAAAUCAUUGGGCAUAUAGUAUACCCUUCGCGCUGCAAUGGUUCUGGGUUGUGGUUAUUAUUCCCGGAAUCUUCUUCAUUCCGGAGUCGCCAUGGUGGCUAGUGCGAAAAGGUAGAAUAGAGGAUGCCAGGGACGCACUGCGCCGAUUAUCAUCUUCAAAAGUAAAUAUCGAAGCCACAUUGGCCGUCAUCGCCGAAACAGAUCGACUCGAACUAGAGAUGGAAGCAGGCAGUACUUACCUAGACACUAUAAAAGGAAUAAAUCUACGGCGGACUGAGAUCUCCACCGGCGUGUAUACAACGCAGGUCCUGAGCGGCAUCUACUUGAUCAACUAUGGGACUUAUUUCUUUGAGCAGGCAGGACUGCCGACUCAGGAUGCAUUUUAUAUGGGCAUCGGAUUCUUGGGUGUGGGUUGGGUUUGCACUGUGCUAUCCUGGUUCCUCAUCGCUCGCUUCGGCCGAAGACGCAUAUUUAAUAUCGGGUUAUCUGUUCUUAUCGUUCUAAUGUUCAUAAUCGGUAUCCUGGACAGCAUCCCUGGCCGACCUUCGGGUGUGGCUUGGGCCGAAAGCUCGCUCAUGUUGAUUUGGAACGGUGCAUACGACCUGUCGGUCGGACCUAUCACCUUUGUGAUUUUAGGAGAGUGUUCCGCCACACGUGUCCGAUCGAAAACGAUUGCGGUGGCCACGGCGAUACAAGCGGUCUUUGGGAUCGCAAUGACGGUGGCGAUUCCAUAUAUGAUUAACCCAGCAGAGGCGAACAUGCAGGGUAAAUUGGGAUAUUUCUUUGGUGGGCUGGGAAUCAUCUGUCUUAUUUGGUCCUAUUUUCGGAUCCCCGAAACGAAAGGUAGAACAUACGAAGAGUUGGAUAUUUUGUUCGAUAGGAAUGUUUCUGCUAGGCAGUUCAAGGGAUAUCAAGUGGAUAUUACUGCUAACUAUACUGCCUGAGAGUUGAGUAUAGCAUUGUUGGCAUUUAUGACUAAUAUUAGAUUAUCAAAUAUAUAAUACUAUGAUACUAUUCAAAUCU